GUACAGAAUGGCGGAUUACCAUCUCCCGGGCAAAUGAAAAUUACUUUUAAAGAAGGAGAGAGUGAAAGUUACGUUCUUAUUGAACAUACUGAGCCAUUACCAACUUAUACACCGCGUGAAGAUUCCACAUCAACUGCUACACAAGCAUUAGGAACGGGGGCAUCUAGCAUCACUCCACCAACAGGACCUCUCACCAAUGCAACAUCCCCAUCUCAUUCUACUUCCGUUAAUUCUACAGCACCUCCACCGAUAGCUCCGGACGAGCUACCACCCAGUGAUAACGAAGCACAUAAAAAUCCUGGCAAUGAAGUUCCUGCUCCUAGCUGA